AAAAAUUUUACGAAGUAGUUUCUUCUCUUCUUCCGAAGAAUGGCCAGUACCAAAAACCUCGUCUCCACCCUAGUUCUAGCAAGCCUUGCGGCCUCUUUUUUCCUUCUCCUCCAACCCCUUCCGAGCAAUGCCAAAUCACUCGCUACUUGCAAUUUCGAUCAGAUAUACCAGCUCGGCAAUUCGAUUUCGGACACCGGCAAUCUGAUUCGCGAGAGGCCCAUGGGUGCCGCGACUCCAUUCGCCAGGCUUCCCUACGGCCAAACUUACUUCAGAAGCGCGACCGGUCGCUGCUCCAACGGCCGUCUCAUGAUUGACUUUAUUGCUAAGUCAGCUGGCCUUCCCUUCCUUAGUCCUUAUAUGAACAGGGAUGGAGACUUCGCACAUGGUGUAAACUACGCCGUCGCCGGCUCCACUGCCUUAACAACGGAGGUUCUAGCCCGAAAAAACAUCCCCUCCCCGGUCACUAGGAGCUCACUCAGUGUGCAACUUGAUCGGAUGUCUACCCAUAUCAAUUCGAUCUGCACCACGGAGAGAGAUUGCUUGGAGAAGCUAAAGACCUCUCUUUUUAUGGUUGGAGAGAUUGGCGGAAAUGAUUAUAACUAUGCAUUAUUGCAAGGAAAAAGUAUUAGUGAGGUAAAAAACAUGGUACCUGAAGUUGUCAGAGCUAUAACAGCAGCUGUUAGGCAAGUCAUUGGUUAUGGAGCUGCUAGGGUGGUAGUCCCGGGAAAUUUUCCGAUAGGCUGCCUUCCCAUCUAUCUCACUGCAUUUCAGACCAACAACUCAAAUGCCUAUGACGAACAUCAUUGCUUGAAGGACCUUAACAGCUUCUCAAAAUAUCACAACAACCAACUACAAGAAGCCAUCCAACAACUGAAAAGAGAGUACCCGAAUGUAGUAAUCGUUUACGGUGAUUACUACCGAGCCUUCCAAUGGCUUUUCCAGAAUGCACAAUAUCUUGGGUUUUCCCAAUCCUCUACUCGAAAAGCGUGUUGCGGUACCGGUGGUGAUUACAAUUUUAGCCUAGCCAAGAUGUGUGGAGCUCCAGGAAUUUCAGUUUGUCAGCAUCCUAACACGUUCCUUAGUUGGGAUGGAGUUCAUUUGACAGAAGAGGCGUAUAAGAGAAUGGCUGGAAGGUUGAUUGAUGAAAUCUUGCCCAAACUUCAUUGCUCUGGUUAAAGUUGAUCUUAGUUUAUUGGACAACUAGAUUUAGCUUCUG